AUGGCAUCGCAGGACGGCUCUCUGUUGGAGACAUUGAGGUCUACAAGCCAGGUUGACUGUGACACACUUGACGUUGAUGUUGCUGCAGAUCUGGGCCCCUUUAGAGACCACACCUCCAACCAGGCCAUUGCAUACAACGAACUCACCAAGGUCACUCCUGACGGCAAGUUGCAUCACGAGAAACUCAUCAGAGACUCUGUAAAGGAUGCCUAUGGCUGGGCUCAGGCGACGUGGCCAGACAUCGACCCAAUUGUCCUAGCAGUCGAAAUCAUGAUGGUCAGAUUGUCACUUCAAUUCGUUCCUUAUCUGACGGGUUACUUCCACAUCCAGACCAACACCAAGUGGUCGUACUCGGUUGAGAAGACUUGCAAAAAUGCCGAGAGGAUUGUUGAAACGUUCAAGAAGCUGGAACCCAACUUCGACACUAGCAGAGUCUGCAUCAAGAUUCCUGCGAGCUGGGAAGGGAUCGCUGCCUGCCGCAUCCUCGAGAAGAAAGGCAUUCAUACACUUGCAACGACCAUGUUCUGCAUGGAGCAGGCUGUGUUGGCUGCCGACGCCGGAUGCACCUACAUUGCGCCGUACGUUAAUGAGCUCAAGGUCCAUUUCGUCCCCGGCUACGUCGACGAGCACAAGGCCUUCGAUUUCUGCAGGCAGGCGCAACUCUACUACGCCGAGACGAAAGCAAAGACGCAGGUACUGGCUGCCAGUCUGACGUCCAUCGCGGAGGUGAUGCAGCUGGCCGGCAUUCAGCACGUUACCGUGUCGCCGCCUCUCCUCCGAGGCCUUGCUGCGCAGCCGGCAUCGACCUGGACGGAGCAAGUCGGCGAGUAUUUUGCGGCCGGGCCGGACAAGCCCUGGACCAGGAACUUUGAGACGGAAUUGAGGGAUGAGAGUGAAUGGCGCAUUGCCUUCACUCGGAGUGACAGCGGAAAGUCCGAGGAGAAGCUCAUUCAAGCCAUCAACAUCUUCUCAGACAAGCAGGAUGCUCUCGAGGAGCUGGCACGUCGCUUCGUGUAA